UUUUUUUUUUUCUUUCCCACCUUUUUUCACUUUUUUUUUAAAGAUAAAAUAUGACUGCUGACGGUCAAGAAGAUCCUAUUUUUCCUGUACCUGAACGUUUAUUGACUAAUAAACCUACUCCUUAUGUAACAAGUUUUGAACAAUACCAAGAUUUAUGGGAACAAAGUGUGAAAGACCCUCAAACAUUCUUUGGAAAUCUUGCUCGUGAAACAUUGACGUGGUCUAAACCAUUUGAAACUGUAUUGAAUGGUUCUUUUACUGAAGGGGAUAUUGGUUGGUUCUUAGAAGGUGAACUCAAUGCAUGUUACAAUUGUGUGGAUCGUCAUGCUUUUACUCAACCUGAUAAGGUUGCCAUUAUUCACGAAGGCGAUGAAUUGGGAAAUGUCCGCAAAAUUACUUAUCGAGAGUUACUUCAAGAAGUAAGUCGUUUGGCUAAUGUAUUGACAUCAUUAGAUGUACGUAAAGGUGACAACAUUGCUAUUUAUAUGCCUAUGGUACCUGAAGCCGUGUUUGCUAUGCUUGCCUGUGCGCGUUUGGGAGCUGUCCAUUCUGUUGUCUUUGCUGGUUUCUCUUCUGAUUCGUUACGUGACCGUAUCCAAGACUGUGGUGCACGUGUUGUGCUCACUGCUGAUGAAGGUCGUCGUGGUGGGAAAAAUAUCGCUACCAAGCGCAUUGUUGAUGAAGCUCUGAAACAAGCUCCUACCGUUGAACAUGUCUUAGUCCUUCGUCGUACUGGUUCUGAAGUCCCAUGGACUGAAGGUCGUGAUCUGUGGUGGCAUGAUGAAAUUGAAAAGGCUCGUCCUUAUUGUGCUCCUACUAAUGUGAAUGCUGAAGAUCCUCUGUUUUUGUUAUAUACUUCUGGUUCUACUGGUACUCCCAAGGGCGUGAUGCAUACCACCGGUGGUUAUUUAUUGGGCGCUGCUGCUACCGUCAAAUAUAUUUUUGAUUAUCACGAAAAUGAUGUUCAUGCUUGUAUGGCUGAUAUUGGAUGGAUUACUGGACAUACUUAUCUCUUAUAUGGUCCUUUGUUGAAUGGUGCUACAACCGUUGUUUUUGAAUCUACUCCAACUUACCCUAAUCCUUCUCGUUUCUGGGACUUGAUUCAAACUCAUAAGGUGACUCAAUUCUAUACUGCUCCUACAGCCAUUCGUGCUUUACGUCGAUUGGGUGAUCAAUGGUUGGAAGGUUAUGAUCUUUCUAGUUUACGUGUGAUUGGCUCAGUUGGUGAACCUAUCAAUCCUGAAGCCUGGCAUUGGUAUAAUGACAAGGUGGGCAAGAAUCAAUGUGCUGUGGUCGAUACUUAUUGGCAAACAGAAACAGGUUCCAUUGUGGUUAGCCCUCUUCCUGGUGCAGUGGCUACUAAACCUGGUUCAGCAACUUUCCCUUUCUUUGGUAUCAAGCCUGAAAUUCUGGAUCCUCAAACUGGUGCUGUCUUGAAAGGAAAUGAUGUUACUGGUGUCUUGGCUAUCUCUCAACCUUGGCCCUCUAUGGCUCGUACUGUUUAUAACAAUCACAAUCGAUACUUGGAUACUUAUUUGAAUCCAUAUAAAGGCUUUUACUUCACUGGUGAUGGUGCUACUCGCGACAAGGAUGGUUAUAUUUGGAUUCGUGGUCGUGUUGAUGAUGUUAUCAAUGUAUCAGGUCAUCGUUUAUCAACUGCCGAAAUUGAAUCUGCUUUGAUUAUUCAUCCUGCUGUUGCUGAAGCUGCUGUUGUUGGUGGUCAAGACGAUUUGACUGGUCAAUGUAUCCAUGCUUAUUGUACUUUAAAACCCAACAUUGAAGAUGAUGCCGGUCUUGAAAAGGAAUUGUCUUUACAAGUGCGCAAGGUCAUUGGUCCCUUUGCUACUCCCAAACGGAUUUAUGUCGUUGGUGAUUUACCUAAAACUCGAUCAGGUAAAAUCAUGCGUCGCAUUUUACGAAAGAUUGUCAACAAUGAACAAAAUCAAUUAGGAGAUGUCUCAACAUUGGCUGAUCCAAGUGUGGUUCCAUUAUUGAUUACAAAGGUUCAUGGUCAAUGAAAUGUUUACAUUUAGUCUAGUUCAAACACUCAAUAAACAUAUUUAUGUAUUUAAAACAACAAAGUGUGGCGCAAUGUUUUUUUUAAUCCAUCUCAGAACCCCUUUAUCAACACUUUUUCUUUUUAUUUAAAUGUUUACCGAUGGUAUCAUCGUCACCAUAAAAUUGAAGCUUUUU